CCACAAAAAGCAAGCGAUUUACAUUGUGACUAAGCACAUUAACUAACCUGGAAAAAUGAGUGGCCAUGUAGGAAAUCUGAAUCCCAAGCAGGCUGAAGCUCUGGAGCAGUUUCGUGAGAGACUUGGAGAUGUCUUUGCCCAGCUGCCUAAUCAAUGUGAUCACUAUCUACUUCGUUGGCUGAGAGCACGAAGUUUCAGUGUCCCAAAGGCUGAAGCAAUGCUUCGUAAGCAUUUAGAGUACCGCAAACGCAUGAAAGUAGAUACAAUCCUGGAAGACUGGAAGCCACCAGAGGUGAUCGAGCGAUAUGUGUCUGGUGGGAUGUGUGGCUAUGAUAGAGAAGGAAGCCCAAUAUGGUACGAUAUUGCAGGCCCACUGGAUCCAAAGGGCCUUCUCAUGUCUGCCUCCAAGCAAGACUACAUUAGAACAAAAAUCAGGGACUCAGAGUUACUUCGCAGAGAGUGCUUAAGGCAGUCUGAAAAGCUUGGGAAAGUAGUGGAGUCCAUUACUAUUAUCCAUGACUGUGAAGACCUCGGCUUGAAACACAUGUGGAAGCCUGCUGUUGAGACUUUUGGAGAAAUUCUGACCAUGUUUGAAGAAAACUAUCCUGAAGGCCUAAAAAGGGUUCUUGUUAUUAAAGCACCUAAAAUCUUUCCUAUUGCUUACAACCUCAUCAAGCCUUUCAUGUGUGAAGAGACUCGGCGAAAGAUUAUUGUGGUUGGAUCCAACUGGAAAGAAGUAUUACAAAAAUACAUAGCACCUGAUCAACUGCCCAUGGUCUAUGGAGGCACACUGACAGAUAAAAAUGGGGACCCUUACUGUAAAACUAUGAUUAAGUGGGGAGGUGUAGUGCCAAGGUCUUACUACGUCCGAGACUCUGUUAAAGUGCAGUAUGAAAAUUGCAUCACCAUCAGCCGUGGGUCUGAACACCUUGUGGAGUGUGACGUCCUAAUGCCUAACUGCUUACUGCGAUGGCAAUUUGCUAGCGAUGGUGCUGAUAUUGGUUUUGGCAUCUACAUGAACACAAAAACAGGAAAGAAACUAAAAGUUGCAGAAAUGCAGGAAGUGUUACCAACGGCACGGUACAACUCUCAUCUCGUACCAGAGGAUGGAUCGUACACAUGUGAAGAGCCAGGAAUCUAUGUGGUACGAUUUGAUAACACUUACAGCAUACUUCAAUCAAAGAAAAUCAGCUUCACAGUGGAUGUUGUUCUACCUGAAAUUCACACAAACUCAGAAGGACAUGCAUAAUGUGAGAGCACUUUCAACAUCCAACAUGACAAGAAAGCUUUGUAUAACUGAUGAAAUAUUUUGUGGUGCAUUAUGAUAAACAACAGAAAGACAAAUAACUUUACACUGAAAAUAUCAGUAUUAAAAAACUAAUUUGUUUUCCAUAGCAAUUUCUUAUAAAUCAAUGUAAUUAUAAAUUAAUUAUGUAAUAGUCGGGAUAUUCUGGGUAUAAAUAUGAUUUAUAAAUGAUUUAGAAAGUUUUUAGUAAUGGAUUGUGCAUUCUGAUUUUUAAAGUCAUUUGUUCCUGCUUGCAAUUAAACUAUUAACAAACAUGUCA